CUCCGCACCAAGCCAUCGGAAGGCCGCGUCUGGCUCCGGGACCAUGGCUCCUCAUCUAUGCAUGCAGGAUGCCUAUCCUAAGCACUCAAUCUGUCUCCAUCGAAAACACCCCCUGCGGCCAAUGAGGGCAGGCUUUAUGGGCCUGAGACAGCAUCCUUUCACUACAACAGCACCGUCACGAUGGAUAGAUCCGUAGUAAACAUGUCCACGGAGCAAUUGUAUCGGAAGCGGGCGUUCGAUAGAAUCAACCAGAGGGCAUCACGCGCUCGCAAGAAGACCCGCGUCGUGGAGCUCGAAGACGAGGUUGCAGACCUCAAACAGCGACUGGCCAGCUCCGAAGACCAGGUCAGACGUCUUCAAUCUAGCGAAGCAGCCCUACGUGAGGCUAUCAGCUCUGCGCGCUCCUCUCUGCGGUUGAUCGAUGUCGCGACCUUCCCCAACCAGUCAAGAUUGCCAUCACCUCCGGCGUCCACUCCCGCACAGGCGACAGCAGACGAUGAAUUUGCGGACAUGCUCAACGAUACUGCGUCUCCGUCGAUGAGCUAUGAAUCCGAACAUAGCCAAAGCUCUGCUUUGGAAACUAUUUCCGACUCGCCCCAGAUCGACGUCCGAGCAGUAGCAUUCCGGGAUGAGAACACAGGUCUUACUCUGGGCCUUCCAUUGAGCGGACAUCCGCCCUUGGACACCAUGUUCCACUUCUGGGACGAUGAGUUCCCUCCGGAUGUGAGCGCCAUGAACGCCUUCUCGAUGGCAUUCUUAGACACUUUUCCUCCAGAUCCUCUUGAUGACGCUUGGAUAUCCUCCGCUUCUGGCCUACAGAUACCGGGACAUGAAGGACCUCAAGAAAUCCCGCCCUGGGAGCGAUUGCCACUCCAUGUGGGUCCCACCACGCCACUCGAUUCUGUCUUGCUGGGCCUUUUUCAGUCAACCCGACAGCACGUCCAGAACUCUGGCCAUAUUGAGGAGUUCUCGCAGCCUGCAUUUCCGAGCAUUAGAUCAUUGCUCAAUCCCGACAGCCAAAAUGCUCACAGUCCGAUUUCGAAUGCAAUAGGCCAGCAUGGAAGAAUCACCAUGGAGGUUCCGGACUUGGCUGUCAAGAUCGGCAUGAUGUACAAUAUGUGUGUAUUGUUGCGCUGGCUGGUGUCCCCUACAAAGCGCAAUUACGAGGCAAUGCCUGAGUAUCUCCGGCCAGUGGAGUCCCAAUUGACCGUCCUGCAUCCUAUCUGGAUCGACGUCGUUGUAUGGCCUGAAGCACGCGAUCAUAUCAUCAAAUCUAUGGACUGGUCAGAAUUUCCUAUCUUCCGUGCAUUGGGAAACCAGACCAUCUCCAUCAACUGGCCCUACCCGCAAUCCGGCGUCUUUACCGCAGUGUCCCCGACGGAACUAAAGCUCAAUCCUGUUUUCGAAAGUCACAUACGGAACCUCGAUAAUUGGACUUGGGGCCAAGAAAUACCAGAUCGAUUUCCCUUCCUAAGCGGAGUGGUGACGACAGUUUCUCGACCGUGAGCAGCUCAGCAGCGCUAUAGAUAUCUAAUUCCAUGGUAUUCACUACCAUUGAGAUCGUUUCUAAGCUUUCCCAGCGUCUAUUUCUAUAUUGGCCUUGCAAUUCGAGGAACGCGUCGAACUCGUUCAACUCACCGCAACAGCUUCCUCUCCCUUGUAAACACCGCAACUGCAAAGGCGACAACAGAGGAAACG